CAGGGUGCAGACGUCAACACGAGUGACUUCAACCAGCAGACUCCACUCCUGUCGGCUGCCAGCAACGGUUCUUGGGCUGCUCUUCACUUAUUGCUGGCCAAUGGGGCCGACGGCUCGGCCACGGACAGCUCUCGGCACAACUUCCUGCACUUGGCCAUCCGCAGGGGCGUGGACUUACAAGUGCUCUUUGACGGACUUAAGGUUGGGGUG